CUCCAGCCAGCAGACUGCCACCACCUCGUCCGACCGAACGCUCGACGCAGCUGAAUCACAAAGAUGGCGGCCUUCAUAAAAGCAAUCAAUGCGAAGAUUCGCUCCAACAAAUACACCGAUUACAUCUGCUCCACACACUUCUGGGGCCCGGUGUCGAACUUCGGUAUCCCCAUUGCCGCAGUGAUGGACACACAAAAGUCUCCCGAGCUCAUCUCCGGCACCAUGACCGGCGCCCUCACCAUCUACUCGGCGACCUUCAUGCGCUACGCCAUGGCCGUCAGCCCUCGAAACUACCUCCUCUUCGCAUGUCACUUUGUCAACGAGGGGUCCCAGCUCACGCAGGGCUACCGGUGGUAUAACUGGCACUACAAUGGUGGCCGCGAAAAGGCGAUCACGUCGGGCGAGCUCGUGCUGGAGAAGGCCAAGGAGGGCGCCGAGAAGGCCAAGGAGAGCGUCAAGGAGGGCGUGCAGAAGGUGGAGGCGGCGGUGAGCAAGUGAGGGAGGGAGUCCUCUAUAGUGAUGAUAUCUGCGAAGAGCGGGGAGGAUAAGGGGGUAAAAAGAGCAAUAGCUAGGAUGGGCACUGUGUACUCUGCAGAAUCUAAAACUCUCUCUGGUAGUGUGGCUGGUGGUGUGAAGGGACAGCCGGUCAAUGCGGACUGCCCCAAGGGUAGUAGGCAGCUGUCGGCGGAUUGAAGGAAAGGGUCCUCCCCUCAGUGACCUUAUGGUGCAGAGUGGCAGGGGCACCACUUGGGUUGUAUCAUAACGGGCGCGUGCUGCUUUGUAUCAUGCGAUGCAGGCCUGACUUGGCGAGCCUCGACACGUCAGCAGCAAGUAUUAUUUUAAACUUUCCGACAAUCAUCUUGAGUCAUCCUUUUCAAUAG